UAGCGGAGGGCGGUGUCGGGCCGGUUGGGUCCCAGGGAGCUGGGUGCGGGGAUGUCGGCUGACGAGGGGGAUUGGGCCGUGGGGCUCACCAACAGCUGAGGGUCUCCUGGAGGUGGGGUUCCCAGCAAGCUGCGGCAAACGCGGCUGCCGGAGGGGCUCGCGCUCCCGCGCCUGGCCCAAGAUGGCGCGCCUCCCCGGCCCCCGCGCGCGUCUCCGCCGCUCGGGGCGCGGCCCCGCGGCCCGCGCGCUCCUGGGCGGGGGAUGUUGUGAUGGAGAAGCCGCGGCGGAGCCGGAGCCCCGCAGCCUGAGCCACCUCCGCCAUCUGGGCCUGGGGCCUCGCCGCGCAGGAUUUGCCAAGGCCAUGUCUGUCCCAUCAUCACUGAGCCAGUCGGCCAUUAAUGCCAACAGCCAUGGAGGCCCUGCACUGAGCCUACCCCUGCCCCUGCACGCUGCCCACAACCAGCUACUCAACGCUAAGCUGCAGACCACAGCUGUGGGACCCAAGGACCUGCGCAGUGCCAUGGGGGAGGGUGGUGGGCCUGAGGCAGGCCCUGCCAAUGCCAAGUGGCUAAAGGAGGGCCAGAACCAGCUUCGGCGGGCUGCCACAGCACAUCGUGACCAGAAUCGCAACGUAACCUUGACACUGGCAGAGGAGGUCAGCCAGGAACCUGAGAUGGCACCCUUGGGCCCCAAAGGGCUGAUACACCUGUACUCUGAGCUGGAGCUCUCAGCCCACAAUGCAGCCAACCGCGGGCUUCGAGGAGCUGGCCUAAUUAUCAGCACCCAAGACCAGGGUCCAGACGAGGGUGAGGAGAAGGCAGCAGGGGAGGCCGAAGAGGAUGAUGAGGAUGAUGAUGAAGAGGAGGAGGAGGACUUGUCUUCUCCCCCAGGGCUUCCCAAGACCCUGGAGAGUGUGGAGGUCCCCCCGGGGCCCCAGGCCCUUGCAGAUGGCCCCCGGGAACACAGCAAGAGUGCCAGCCUCCUAUUUGGCAUGCGUAACAGUGCAGCCAGUGACGAGGACUCAAGCUGGGCUACCUUAUCCCAGGGCAGCCCCUCCUACGGCUCCCCAGAGGACACAGAUUCCUUCUGGAAACCCAACGCCUUCGAGACGGAUUCCGAUCUGCCAGCUGGAUGGAUGAGGGUCCAGGACACCUCAGGGACCUACUACUGGCACAUCCCGACAGGGACCACCCAGUGGGAGCCCCCUGGCCGGGCAUCCCCCUCGCAAGGGAGCAGUCCCCAAGAGGAGUCCCAGCUCACCUGGACAGGCUUUGCCCAUGGAGAAGGCUUGGAGGAUGGAGAGUUCUGGAAGGAUGAACCUAGUGAGGAUGCCCCAAUGGAUUUGGGACUUAAGGACCCUGAGGAGGGGACAUUGUCUUUCCCAGCUCAGAGCCUCAGCCCAGAGCCUUUGCCCCAAGAGGAAGAGAAGAUUCUCCCACGGAAUGUCACUCCAGGGAUCAAGUGUUUCGCUGUGCGCUCCUUAGGCUGGGUGGAGAUGACUGAGGAGGAGCUGGCCCCUGGACGUAGCAGUGUGGCAGUCAACAAUUGCAUCCGUCAGCUGUCCUACCACAAAAACAAUCUCCAUGACCCCAUGUCUGGGGGCUGGGGGGAGGGAAAAGAUCUGCUGCUGCAGCUGGAAGACGAGACGCUGAAGCUGGUGGAGCCUCAGAGCCAGGCACUGCUUCACGCUCAGCCCAUUGUCAGCAUCCGCGUGUGGGGCGUCGGGCGGGACAGUGGAAGGGACUUUGCCUACGUAGCUCGAGAUAAGCUGACCCAGAUGCUCAAGUGCCACGUGUUUCGCUGUGAGGCACCCGCCAAGAACAUCGCCACCAGCCUGCAUGAGAUCUGCUCUAAGGCAUGGCCCCUCUACUUCCUUAGCUCUAAGAGGUCCUCCCUCCACCCCUGCCUUCCUCAGAUCAUGGCUGAACGGCGCAAUGCCCGCUGCUUGGUAAAUGGACUCUCUCUGGACCAUUCCAAACUGGUGGAUGUCCCUUUCCAAGUGGAAUUCCCGGCACCUAAGAAUGAGUUGGUACAGAAGUUCCAAGUCUAUUACCUAGGGAAUGUACCUGUUGCUAAACCUGUUGGGGUAGAUGUGAUAAAUGGGGCCCUGGAGUCAGUCCUGUCCUCCAGCAGCCGUGAGCAGUGGACCCCAAGUCAUGUCAGCGUAGCCCCUGCAACCCUUACCAUCUUGCAUCAGCAGACAGAGGCCGUGCUAGGGGAGUGUCGGGUGCGCUUCCUCUCCUUCCUGGCUGUGGGCAGAGAUGUCCACACAUUUGCAUUCAUCAUGGCUGCUGGCCCAGCCUCCUUCUGCUGCCACAUGUUCUGGUGCGAGCCCAAUGCUGCCAGCCUCUCGGAGGCUGUGCAGGCUGCGUGCAUGCUUCGUUACCAGAAGUGUCUGGAUGCCCGCUCGCAGGCCUCCACCUCCUGCCUUCCAGCACCUCCUGCUGAGUCUGUUGCCCGGCGUGUUGGCUGGACUGUCCGCAGGGGCGUUCAGUCGCUGUGGGGCUCCCUUAAACCCAAACGAUUGGGGGCCCAUACCCCAUGAAGAAGCCCCCAUCCUCCCUUCACUUGCUGUGUCAGGCCCCAGGGAACUAAAGGGUGUGGGGCAGGGAGGGGUCCUAGAGGGUAUUCCUAGGCCUCAGGCUUCCUCGAAGCUGCUCCUCCCCAGUAACUGGGUUCCCUGCCUAGGGGCUGGGGAGGGAGGAAUCUAAUCCCUUCAGGGAAGUGGUAACACUGGAGUGAUGACCAGAGGAGCAGGAAGCAUGGCCAGCCUCAGGCUCCAUCCCCACGUGUUUCAGGUGGAGCAGGAGGAACUGGUCCAGGCCAGGCCCCAUCCUCCUAAGGUCCAGCAGGGACAGAGGGAGAGGACUGGUCCAGGCAUGGAUCCCUUCCCCCCUGCUCUGUGGGCACCUCUGCUGUACUGAUAUCACUAAUAAAGUCUGUCUGCACUGC